UAAAGGAUUCCAUCUAAUAUUUUUUUUCAAUACUUUCAUAUAUUGUAUGUAAAUUUAACGUCAAUUUAUUUGGGUUUCCAAUUAACAGAAUAACAACAUUAACCUUUUUUAACAAACUGCAUCGUUGAAUUGAUUGACUAUCAAUUUUAUUCACUUUGUACGGUCUAAACUUGCACGCGCUGUGAGUUAUAUCAAAGAAAACGGCUAACAUCCAGCUUCACUAAACCUCUUCUGAUAAGCGUAAACAAAACAUUUGGACACUGCUUAGCUGUCAAACGAUUACACGAUAACUACACUUGGCAAAAACACAACGGAAAACCCAAUUACUUCAUUUUGAGUUUUUCCACUUAUGAUCAGGUUUUGAUAUGAUUUACUCCAAUGUGCGUCAUAAUGAGUCUAGCUGACUAUGACAACAAAAUGCAACAGCUGAUCGGAGAUACCAAUACGUACCGACAGAUCAACCAUGACCCGACGGGCCGGUAUGAGCGGAAAAACAACAGCAUCGUACAGAGGCUGUAUGCGCUUCAGCUUAUAGAUGUCCGAACCAAACACACACUCACAAGCUACAACGCGGUGUGCCCACGGAUAUACGGACAGCCUAAAGCACACAAGGCGAACCUGCCGCUCAGACCAGUGGUUCCCAACACAACUUCUCCCACGUACCAAUUGAGUAAGUACAUCGCCGGCAUACUUCAACAAUCUUUCACGAGUGAAUACAAUGCCGUCGAUUCAAAAACGUUCUGUGCGUACGUCAACCAGUUGGUAAUACCAGCAGACCAUGUACUGGUGUCGUUCGAUGCAAUAUCUUUAUUCACGAACGUCACUAAAGAAGUUGUUAUUCGUGACAUUAUCAUGAUGUGGGACCAAAUACGGGACAACACCACUAUAAACCUGGACCUUUUUCUCGAAAUAGUAGACUUUUGUAUCGGCGCUAGCUUCUUUUGUUUCCGGCAAAAGUACUACCUCCAAACUUCGGGAACGGCGAUGGGAAGCCCGUUAUCUCCGAUAUUGGCAGAUAUUGUGAUGGAAAAUUUGCUAUCAAAAGCAAUCCGAAUGGCCAACAUUUCCCCACAAUUCAUUCGGAAAUAUGUGGAUGAUUUGUUUCUGGUGUUGCAUAAAGACCAAAUAGAUGCUGUUUUGGCGGCUUUCAACUCGCUAAACCCGAAAAUCACCUUCACAGCAGAAGUGGAAGUAAACGGUCAACUACCCUUCCUCGACCUGCUGGUGAUAAGACAGGAAGAUGGCAGCGUCAAAACUGAUUGGUACGCAAAACCAAUUUCGUCAGGUCGAAUUUUGAAUUACUUUUCGUUUCAUUCAACCGACCAAAAACUUGCGGUGGUAAACAACUUCAUUGACCGGGUCCGCAGUUUGAGCACCAUCCGCACUAGAGAACAACAAGAUCAGCUGAUCCACCAACACCUACACAAAAACGAUUACCCCCACACCCUCAUCAACCGACUGCUACAUCAACCACGACGAUCCGAGGAUACAGACAAACCGGCUGUCUAUCGAUCGAUUCCGUACAUCCACGGUCUAACACCGGCAAUCAAAAAGAUCAUCAGCAACAGUGGGCUGGUUAUGGGCAUCUCUCACAGCAACAAAAACACUGUCGGGAAUUUGUACAGAAGCGCCAAGGACCCCAUACCGGCGCUCAACAAAAACAACGCUAUAUACAGAAUUGACUGUAGAGACUGUCCCAGUACCUACAUCGGGAUGACCACCAACAAGCUGCGCACUCGCAUGUAUGGCCACCAAACCCACGUCAACACUCUCGAAGCCAGAUUAGCAGAAGGUUACCACUAUACUGAUCCGGAAAUCCAGCAGCUGCAAGAGAAAUCGGCACUGAUGGACCACUGCAUCAACCACCAACACCGCUUCAACAUCCAACAACCCACCAUUGUCGAUAUCACCUACAAGAGUCAAGCUCUGCAAGUGUUGGAAAUGUGCCAUAUAGCGACGACUUCCAACACGGUCAAUCAUCGGACAGACACCGAUAACUUAAGCUGUGCGUACGCAAAUCUACUCUCGACGAUCAAAAACCGAAGAGAAGAGAGAAAUGCGUCGUCUACCACUAACCGAUAUCGACAAAAUACAAACGAUCUAACCACCCAACUAACACAAACAAAUCCGAUCACCCUGACACCGCCAACUAUUAACACCCCACAGUAAUCCCAUCCCGGCCCGCACGAACAGAAGUGUUCCCAAAGUGCCAAGUGUUGUGACUCGAACUGUGUACCCACCCACCAUUUCAAUCGAGGUGCUAGGGUCCAAGUAUGAUCGAAUGUAAUUUGAACCCAUAUCUAGAAUAACCAAAUUUUCCAAUCGCAGUGAAACAAGUGCGGUGCAGAGAAGAAAACGACAUUCCGCCGUGUGAUCAACACGAAUUGGAAACAAGUUGAUUCACAUCGAGCCCUGAUGAAGAUCCCAACCACAGGAUCGAAACGUUGGCAAUGAUCUAAAAUAAUCAACGCUUUUCUGUGACUGAAAGCCGAAAAAUACCAAGUUUUACGUAAA